AAUGCUUGAUAAUUGGUACAUUUCUUACCUUUAUUAAAUAGUGAUUCUAUUAGAAAGGGUUUGUUAUAUACUCCAACAAUGGGAGAACACAUUGAAGAUGAAGUAGUGGUAUCUUUUGAACAGAAACGAGGAAUCAAUUAUCAACAUGAAUAUAUGAGACUCUACAUUGCAAAUGUAGUUUUGACUUAAUAACUUAAAGAGCUUCUUCAAGAGAAAGGUGAUUUAAUUUCUAAAAUCAAUAGAUUAGAAGUAUCUAUUUAUCCAUAUUAUUAUCUAGGAAUCAGAAAUUUGCAAAACUAAUUCUAGAAAGCAAGACUAUGAAGAAUUAAAAAAAAUAGAGUAACCCUGUAAAAAAUAAAUAGGUAUCUCUUUCAUAUUUAUCAUUAGUGUAGAGGGUUCAACUAAACAUCAUGAUGAAAAUGUUGUUCACAAUCAUCAAUAUUAAACUCGAAAAUUAAUUAAAAAAAAUUGA